UAGUUUUCACUCAGAACCCGGACUGCAAAGCACACGUGCUACUGGCAAGUGAUGUUCAAGCAGACCUGCUCCGAUUUGACGAAGCUGCCGAAGCAGAAGGUCCGCCAGUGGCUGUCCACCUUCGAGUCCGUGAUCUGCGACGCGGAUGGCGUCCUGUGGCACUUCUCGAAAGCCCUCGAAGGGUCGGCGGAUGUCUUCAACCUUCUGAGUGCUUCCGGCCGAAAGACCUUCGUGGUGUCGAACAACUCGGAGAUCUCGCGGACGGAUAUGGCGAAGAAGGCCAAAGACCUUGGCUUCGAGGUCGAGGAAGCCAGUGUCCUGACUUCGUCCUUCUCGGUGGCCAACUUCCUGAGCGCCAAGAACUUCCAGAAGAAGGCGUUCGUCAUGGGCGAGAACGGAAUCCAGCAGGAGCUGGAGUGCCUGGGCAUUUCCACCGUGAUCAUGGCGGAGAAGCUGGAGAAGCCCCUCCACGAGUUCGUGGCGGACCUCAAGCUGGAUCCCGAGGUGGGGGCGGUGGUGGUGGGCAAGGACGAGGACUUCAACAUGGCCAAGCUGGUGCGGGCCGGCACCUAUCUGCUGAAUCCGGAGACGUUAUUCCUGGGCACCUGCCUGGAUGCCGCCUACCCCAUCGGCAACAACCGCGUGGUCUUGGGCGCCGCAGCCCCGUUGGCGGCCAUGAAGGCCCUCACCGGCAGGAUGCCGCUGGUGAUGGGGAAGCCCAAUCCCUGGAUGGCGGCUCCCCUCCUGCAGAGUGGCCUCAUCAAGCCGGAAACCACGCUGAUGGUGGGCGACACACUGGAGACGGAUAUCCAUUUCUCCGCGAACUGCGGCUUCCAGUCCCUGAUGGUCGGAAGCGGGGUGAACAGCCUGAAGGACGUGCAGAAGAUCCUCGAGGAGGGCGACCCGAAGCAGAUGAACCUGGUGCCGGAUACCUACCUCCCCAGCCUCGGCCACUUGCAGGAGUUCCUCUGCUAGGCGCACUCAACUUGUAAAUUACCACUGCCAAAGACUCUGCAUAAAAUCAAUACCUCCGAAGCGGCCUGCCUCCCAUGUCGUCCGCAAAUCUGGGCCCUUUUUCGGGUCUCGGUCCCUUGUCAAAAGUCGAACACUUGCAGUCCCAACAGCAACAAAACAAACACGGCCAACAUCCACAUUCUCAUCCACAGCCACAUCCUCGGCGGCGUUCGUCACUUCAUCGCCGUCGUCGCCGACAGAUGCGGUCUGGGAUGCCACUCCUCGUCACCAGGACUAUCCUCUUUUCAAUACCCACACUGAGAGAAAAGCAUCAGAACAAUUUCAUAAAAUAGAAAGACUUCAGAUGAUUUAGAUUUGGUUUUAAUAUUUCACUAGCUCUUAAAACUUCAAUCUAAAUUAAAGAAAUUGCGUUUGCAUUUGUUUUUUUGUAAAAA